UUGUGGUUUCAAAUAUUGGUGAUUCUAAUGGAAAUGGCUUUAUUUCAUCUUUGAUGAUUACAAAAAAAGGUAAAAGAAAUCUAGUAUUACAACACGUUACUAACGAUAAGUUUAUUUUAGAUUUUUAUCAAAAGACAAAUCUUAUUUUGCAUUAUGAAGAUGAAUCUUCUAAUAAUGUUUGGAAGCAAAUAGGAAUCAAGUAA